GGUAACUAUGCCAGUCUCACUUUAUUGGACCACGAAUAUGGUUGUGGAGGAGGCACAUCUUUCGUUUGCAUCAUAAAAUAAUUUAAGGAUAUUUGUAUUCCUAUUUAUCGUUGCCAAAAAAAAUAAUACAAUACAAAAAGUUACAAAAGAAAUAAGAAGAAAUUUUAAAGAAACAACAAAAUCGAACAGGAGAACAAAAAGUAUAUCAAACUUUUGUUUGACCUUGCGUAUCUCUUUGAUUAUUAUAAUUUUUUUUUUUUUUACAUUUUGUGGUUUGUGUCAAUUCAGAAAUAAUAUAAGUACCUAUACCUAGAUUGUGGGAGUGAAUAAGUUUGUUAUCUAUCAUUUUAUAAAGAUCCGCAUAAAUUUAAAAAAAAAGUUUUAAAGCAAAUAUACAUCAUUUGUAUAUUACCUAUAUAAGUGUGCAGUUUGGAAUUGUGCCAAAAAAGUUUUAUCUUCAUAAAUUUUGUUCUUUAAUUAAGAAGCUAAACUUAUCUGCAAUUAAAAACAAGAAAACAAAAUGUCAUUUAAACAAAUCUUAACAGUGCUAUCAAUAGUUUUAGUAAUCUCAGGACGAGUACGUUUCGCAUGUAGUUCGGCAGUUUUAAUAGCAGACAAUACAAUGUCUGUUAUGAUUGAACUUUCUUCGCGGCAUCCAUUUUGCAAAAUGCAUACUGACAGAGGUGAUAUUCAAAGAAUGCUAUUGCAAUCUGAUCAACGGCGUAUUCGACAAGUACCAAGAGAAUCAGUUUUGGAAUUGGAACACGUUUGCAAGGAUGCUGGUUCGUAUGGAAGUACAUUUCGUGGAGGGCUCGGAUUUAUCUAUCCCGGAACAAAAUGGUGUGGACCAGGAACAGCCGCAGUUGAUUACAAUGACUUGGGAUUACAUGCUGAAGAAGAUCGUUGUUGCCGUGACCAUGACCUUUGUCCAAAUGUGCUAAAUGCUGGUGAAUGUCGACGUGGACUUUGCAAUACUGGUUCCUUUACAAGAUCUCACUGUGAUUGUGAUGCCCGGCUAAGACGAUGUCUUCAAGGUUUGAAUACAGAGACCGCCAAUACUUUGGGAGCAAUAUUCUACAACGUUGUCCAGGUGACCUGUUUUCAAGAGCGUAGUCCUUGUUCUGCACAUCAAAGAGCUGGCUAUAACAAGACAACUUCUGAUGAAAUAUGCGCUCAAUGGCAAUAUCAGCCAACAGAAAAAUAUGUCCCUAGUGCUCCGGGAAGGACUUAAACUGAUCCUGACGUAAGACAAGCGAUGACUGGUUUAUAAAAACAAUAAUUAUUGAUGUGGUUUCAAAUGGACUUUAAGGAUGAACAAUAUUUUUAUUAUGUGUGAAUAUGGGCAAAUGAAAUUAUUAUUAUACAAAAAUGUAUGUCAUACAUAAACAACUUAAGCGAAAAAAAAAAAAAACUAUAAAUUACAGUAAACUUCCAAAUAACUUAAAAGCAAUAAUAUUGUGUAAUGAGUAGAUGUUUAAGUAGAAAUAUAAUACAAACCAAAUAAAUGUAUAUGCAUGAAGAAAGUAAA